UUUUUUUUUUGAAGGCUCUCUCGUUCUCUCUCUCCGAUCCUGCUCUCCAUCUACUUGUCUAGUUUCUAAGCAAAGCACACACCCAUCACCAUCACCAUCAUAUCAUCAUCUCCUUCCUCCUCUCGUCGUCCUCCGUUCCUCCCCUCACUCCACACAAAACACAUACACAUCAUAUAUAUAACACACACGCCCGAGUCCAUUUCUCCCUUAUAUAUUGAGAGAUAUAUACACUUGGUGUACUUGCAGCCUUGGAGAUCAACCUGGUCUCUAGCUAGGAUAGCUAGUACAGUCAAUAACUACAUCGAUCUUUGCUAGGACAUCAGGCCGGGCAAUGAGGAAGCCCGUGGAGUGCCCGGCGACGAAGUGCAGCGGUGGGGCGGCGCUAGGAAACAGCAAUGUGGCUGCAGCGGCGGCGAAGCUGCGGAAGGGGCUGUGGUCGCCGGAGGAGGACGAGAGGCUGGUGGCGUACAUGCUGCGGAGCGGGCAGGGGUCGUGGAGCGACGUGGCACGCAACGCCGGCCUGCAGCGGUGCGGCAAGAGCUGCCGCCUCCGGUGGAUCAACUACCUCCGUCCGGACCUCAAGCGCGGCGCCUUCUCGCCACAGGAGGAAGACCUCAUCGUCAACCUCCAUGCCAUCCUCGGCAACAGAUGGUCUCAGAUCGCAGCCAGGUUACCGGGGCGCACCGACAACGAGAUCAAGAACUUCUGGAACUCCACUAUCAAGAAGCGGCUAAAGAUGAACUCGGCGGCUUCGUCUCCGGCGACCACGGAAUGUGCGUCACCGCCCGAGCCCAAGCUCGACGGCGGCAGUGCCAGCUGCCUCGACCUCACCAGCCUAGAAGAUGGGAGCCACCACGGAAUGAAGAGCAUGUGGCGGAUGGACUCAUCCUCCUCCUCCUCUUCUUCAUCAUCCAUACAGCAGCAGAGCCGACCGUCAACAAUGGCUCCGGCGGCAAACAGGGGCUAUGGGGGCCUCCUCCUGCCCCUCCCGGACCAAUUCUGCGGCAUCGCACCUUCUACCCACACGUCGGUGCCGCCGUUCUUCCACGACCAUUCAUCGUUUAAGCAGGUUUCUCCCUUGCGGACUGGUGGCUACUACCCCCACGGAAUGGCAAUGGAAGGAGGAGGCGGCUGCUUCAUGGGAGAAGAAGCUGUAGGCACAGGAGGCGAACAUAGUGUCCUCUUCAACGUGCCCCCUCUACUAGAGCCCAUGGCAGUAGCAUUGCAAGACCAAACCUUAAUGGCAUCAACUGGUAACGGCGACAACAACCAUAGAAACACUAACAGUACUGCUGAGGGCACCACACUGAGCAGCAAAAAUGGCUGCAACAUCAAUGACGACAACAACAGCAAGAACAACAUCAACAGUGUGGUCUCGUACUGGGAGCAGCAUGGCCACCAGCAGCACAUGAGCAGGAACGUAGUCAUGGGGGAGUGGGACUUGGAGGAGCUGAUGAAAGACGUGUCAUGCUUGCCUUUCCUUGAUUUCCAAGUUGAGUGAUGACACGCUGUUGGGGCCCACCUCCUAUCUCCUUGCCUAAACUACAUGUAUAUACGAAUAUACAUAUAUAAUUAAGUAUAUAUAUACAUACGUUAAAGGUAGCAUUUUUUCCCUUGACAUUAUUUACGUGAUGUACACAAGAUUUCUUCAACAGCCACUACUUCACUUUUGAUACUACAUAUAUCUUGAUGAAUUCAUUCUUGUAUACUGAUAAUUCAUGCCUAUGCAAAUAAUUCAAGCAAA